CAACUAUCCUUGCCCACUAAAAGCUCGCCAACGUGAGAUUGGUUGCCUCAGGAGACUUAUUUGCAUAUGAAUAUUCUGCCGCCAUUCACCGCCUGUCCGCGCGUAGAGACACGCAGUCAUAGCCGUGGCCCGUCCCGCCAAAGAUCACGAUCACUGGCUUACUGGAAUUCGAGAUCAAGAGCUGGUCUCCUCAGUAGCUCGUUUUGUCAUUCUAUAUAAGUCCCUAUUGCCCGCACCGUCAUGGAUCAAGUACAACCACAACAAGGCGACCUUAACUGGCGCCUCAGCGCCCAUCCGAUUACUCUCAUAUGCUUCCUGGUGUUUCGCAUCGGGGCGCUUUUGAUGUAUUUAUUCGGAGUGCUUUUUAUCAAGGAUUUUAUCCUCGUUUUCAUCUUCACGCUUCUCCUCCUCUCCGCCGAUUUCUACUACCUCAAAAACAUCGCCGGUCGUCGCCUUGUCGGGCUCCGUUGGUGGAACGAAGUGAACGUCACAUCCGGUGAUUCGCACAUGGUCUUCGAAUCGUCCGACCCCAAUACCCGCACCAUUGCUGCGACGGAUAAGCGGUUCUUCUGGCUUAGUCUGUACGUGGCGCCUACGCUUUGGGUGGGAUUGGCGAUUCUGGCGAUUAUCAAGUUAAGCAGUGUUAUCUGGCUCAGUUUAGUGGCGAUUGCCCUGGUUUUGACGAUUACGAACACCGUUGCCUUCUCCCGGUGCGAUCGAUUCAGUCAGGCUUCGACAUAUGCUACUAGCGCUUUUGGGGGGUCGAUUGUGAAUAAUUUGGCGGGGGGUCUGCUGGGCAGACUCUUCAAAUAAACUGUCUUUUCGCUUUUCCGGCGCAGUAUGGUGGAUGAUCGUCAUUCUUGACAGCUUGGAGGUAUUGCGUUAGGGAUGUACUAGUGCUGAUGCGUGGGCUGGAUGGAUGAGCUGUACUAUCUUACUAUACUAACAGGAAGUCUUGUUUUAAUAUGAAUGCACUGGAUGGAUUCUACUGCUUGCCACAGAAUAUAUACUGUUGGAUGUGAGUUAUCUCUCUCCAUGGGGGACUUCUCUACGUGCAAUGACAUCCUUGCGAACUUUGAGGGCAGCAGCAUUUACUUUACAAUUAACUGAUUCAAGGCUGUCAAAUUGCGAGA